CACCAGGCGGCAGUGGCGGCGUCGCGGAGACAGCGCGAGAGAGCGCAUGCUCGAGAACUCGAGUUCCUCGAUGGUCAGGCAAAAACACAGCUGGUCUACGAUUCUCAAAGUGAGCUGACGUUCGAACGGCUAUCAAUGUGAUUUCCACGAAUUUAUACCGACUUGUCGGAGCCGAGCGCCAGAGCUCGCGCGAACCUGCGGCAAGUUGUACGGAAGGUCGAUCCGUCGAUCGCGACUGUUCCUGCAGUGAAUGAUGCGACUGAUGCGUGUGCGUCGCCCAAUGUAGCCUCUGGAGAACAACGCGGUGUCUUGAAACCACGAGGAUUUCUCGCUUGGCUCGGCCCUGGAUACAAAGGAGUGUCCUGCCACCGUCUCGACGCGUCCUUACCCUAACAAUGUCAUCAGUAAACUCGUAAUAUUCGAAGCAACGUAAGAGGAACGAAAGAAGAGGAAGAGAUAAAUGACAGAGAGAUGGCGUCCACCAGUGGGCACAAGAGAAAUGGCUCCAGCUCGAGCAUGUUUGCACACAGACGUACCGAAUCAGGGGGUGGUUUUGUUGGUUACAAGCGACCUGAGAGCGGUCACAAACGUGCCGAGAGUAUAUCUAGUGCCUUCGGCCACAAACGAUCCGAGAGUGGCCACAAAAGGAACGAGAGCAGCGGCGGUUUCGGUCACAAGAGGUCCGAAUCCGGCAGCAAUUAUCACCCCGGACACCGGCGUAACGAAAGUAUGUACGCGAUGACAGGCCUUUACGCGGAAAGCGCCGGCACUGGCACCGACGAUAAUGCGGAUCCACUGCAGGCGACCUCCGGUAGACUGACCCAUGACACCGUCAUAAGGUGUCAUAGUAGAAAUCCGAGUUCCGGCCUUGUGGAUCAUAGAGAUUUUAUCAUCAAAUGUCACAGCAGGAAAUAUGUAUUCAGGGCGGAGAAGGAGAGGGCACAAACUCCGCCGCUUAAUCCGGAUUCCAAGGACUGUGGGAUUCUGAGUUGUAGGCCGGCCUUCAUUCAAAGAUUUGCCGGAAUAAAGGUGUUCGUAUUUCUCCUGUCGUUCCUUGUUACGUUGCAACAAGCCCUUAGCUCAGGUUACAUCAAUUCUGUGAUAACAACCAUAGAGAAGAGGUUUGAGAUCCCGUCCAGUCUUUCGGGCCUCAUUGCAAGCUCUUACGAGAUUGGCAAUGUUAUCACUGUCAUUUUUGUCAGUUAUCUCGGCAGUCGUAGACACAUACCUGUGUGGAUAGCGAUAGGUGCAGUGAUAAUGGGACUGGGAUCAAUGAUCUUUAUGGUGCCACAUUUCACAGCAGAACCCAACUUGACGACGACUGCGAAUCAUUCCAGUUCAGAUAAUAUUUGUCGCGGAGUAUCCUUACGCGAACAAGAUAUGGGUUUGGGUCGGCUUUCAUCAGGGUUAUCUUCACCUCCCUUAGCACCGCACAACAAUUUAAGGGGUGACAAUUGUAUACAGGGAUCUCCAUCGACAGCCGGACCUGUCAUGUUAUUUGUACUUGCUCAGUUACUACUAGGAUGUGGUGGCUCUCCUUUAUUUACUCUUGGUACUACUUACAUAGACGAUCACGUGAGACCAGAAAGUGCAUCUUUAUAUAUUGGUUGUAUGUAUAGUAUGGCGGCUUUUGGACCAGUUUUAGGUUUUCUUCUUGGAGCAUAUCUUUUAUCCUUUCACAUGGAUUCGUUCUCUGCAACGAUUAUAAGUAUCGAUCCUGGAGAUCAUAGAUGGGUCGGUAUGUGGUGGGGUGGAUUUCUACUUUGUGGGUUGCUCCUCAUUCUAGUAGCGAUACCCUUCUUCAGUUUUCCUAAAACUCUACAGCGUGAAAAGGAAAAAAUACGAAUUAUAGAAAAGAAUAAAUCAAUUACACAGAAAGAAAAGGAGCAUUCGAAAGAACCUAAGAAAGAGACUAUCGAUGAUAGCGGUUAUGGCAAGGAUGUUAAAGAUAUUCCUCGAAGUAUGUGGAGACUCGUUUGCAAUCCAGUCUAUGUUGUAACAUGUUUGGGAGCAUGUAUGGAGUUAGUGAUUGUGUCUGGUUUUGUGGUAUUUCUGCCAAAAUAUCUUGAAACGCAAUUCAGCUUAGGAAAAAGUCAAGCCAGCAUCUUUACUGGUUCUGUCGCUAUACCAGGCGCCUGUAUUGGAAUUUUUUUUGGCGGAUGUAUGCUCAAACGUUUAGAACUAAGGCCGAAGGGUGCAGUGCAAUUUGUUCUCGUCUCAAAUAUAAUUUGUCUGGUGUGUUACGGUUUAUUAUUCUUCCUCGGCUGCGAGAACGUAAAAAUGGCUGGGACCACUAUUCCAUACUUUAACAGUACUACGAAGGGUCCUGAACCCUUUCAAGUAAAUCUCACUGCCGCAUGCAACUUUGGUUGUGAAUGUCGAAUGACGGAUGUCGAGCCGGUUUGCGGAAAUAAUGGUUUGACUUAUUUUAGUCCGUGUCAUGCAGGUUGCACUGCCUUCAGUUCCAAAUCAAAUUUUACAAAUUGCGCAUGUAUACAUGGCAAUUUAACUGUGUUGCCACCGGCUGCACCAGAAUUUGCAGAAGUGACCGUCGUGCCAGUAGCAACCGCAGGUCCUUGUACUUCACCAUGUAAAACUAUAUUUCCAUUUCUAAUUCUUUUGUUCUUUAUGACAUUUAUUGUCGCCGUGACUCAAAUGCCUUUGCUCAUGAUAGUAUUACGGUCCGUUUCCGAAGAAGAAAGAUCUUUUGCUUUGGGUAUGCAGUUUGUAAUUUUUCGACUAUUUGGUUAUAUACCAGCACCAAUAUUAUUUGGUAAUUUGAUUGAUUCCACGUGUUUGCUCUGGAAGAGCACCUGUGGAGAAAAGGGCGGUCGAUGUUUACUUUACGACAUUGAACAAUUUAGAUACAGAUAUGUCGGCCUAUGUGCUGGGAUAAAAAUUUUAGCUUUGGCAUUAUUUUUAAUUGAUUGGUGGCUCGUAAGAAGGAGAAGACAAAUGGAAGAUCAACCACCAUCUUUUACUGUCAAUGAGUUUGUAGGGUCAAUUAUCAGUCUAGAUAAAUUAUUCGAAGAAAAACCACAUCAGAAUGUAGGAGAUGGUGAUGCGACUCUGUUAAAUUCCGAGGUUGCAACUCCAUCCUCUAUUUCGUCGCCUACAGAACCUACCAAGUCAACGAAUCUCGAGGAAACAGGGUCUUCGAAUCAAACGCAAGAUUCAUUGGAGACAACAAAUCGCUCAAAAAAUAUGGAACUUGAAGUUUCUGAUACAAGGCAAGCGCCACUUGCUUUACAAGAACCAGAUGUCGAGAUCAAACUUUCAAGUGGUAUAACAGAAAAUCAUAACCGCAAUGUUUAAUGUUUAUUUUAUAUUAGAAACUGUAGAAAUAAAUAUAU